AUGUCGGGCGCACGGCAUUGGGAACAAGACAAGGACAGCACGCUCUACAUAGGCAACCUCGAUGAGCGCUGCACCGAUGCUCUGGUCUGGGAAUUGAUGCUCCAAGCGGGCCCCGUCAUUAACGUCCACCUUCCCAAGGACCGCGUCACUCAAACCCACCAAGGCUAUGGCUUCGUCGAGUUCGGUGGGGAAGAGGACGCCGACUAUGCCUGCAAAAUCAUGAACCAGAUCCGGCUGUGGGGCAAGCCAAUUCGCGUCAACAAGGCAUCGGCAGACAAGCGCGUCCAGGGAGAGGGAGGAGCGGGCGCGGGAGGUGUUGGGGCGGAACUCUUCAUCGGAAAUCUUGACGGCAUGGCCGAUGAAAAGGUGCUGUACGAGACCUUUUCCCGCUUUGGGCAAUUGCUCUCCGUGCCAAAGGUGGCGCGGGAUGAUGCCAACCUCAGCAAAGGAUAUGGAUUCGUCAGCUAUUCCAACUUUGAGAGCAGUGACCAGGCCAUCGAGCACAUGCAUGGCCAGUACUUGAUGAACAAGGAGAUUACGGUGCAAUACGCAUACAAGAAGGACGGCAAAGGCGAACGACACGGAGAUGCUGCGGAACGUGCUCUCGCUGCACAGGCGAGGAAGCAUGGAGUGGAAGUCGCAAUUCCUGCUCUCCCUGCUGCUUUGGUCAUGCCGAGUGGAACACCUUCCGGACCAUCCGCAAUGAACGGUUAUGGCCCCCCUCCAAACGGCAUGCCUCCUCAACAACAGCGUCAAACCCCUCAACCGCCGCCUGCAUAUGGUGGAGGCGGAUAUCAAGGCUACGCUCCUCCUCCCGGUCCACAAGUCCCAAUGAACUUCGCGCCCCCACCACCCAUGAAUUUUGCCUACGCCACACCUCCAACUCCUGCAGGAGGCUUCCAGCAUCUCCCUACUCCAUCCUCGACGGGCACAAUCCCCAACAGCGGUCUCCCGCAACACCUCCCUCCUCAACACCUCCCACCUCAGCACCAAGGACCUCGACAAAUGUUCAACCAUCAAGCACCUCUCGCUGCACCUCCUCCAGGCCUCCCCGCAAGACCGCCGCCUUCAAGCGCGGGAUAUGGURGGCCUGUGAUGCCGCCAGGUCCACCGGGAGCAUUCCCUGGUCCGCCAGCGGGAUUGCCACCUAGGCCCAGUGGUUUCCCUGGGAAUGGGCAGCAGAAUGGACGGUGA